AUGUCUAUUGAUGCAAGUCAUGAAUCUCAAUUUAGAACCCAGUGCUUGAGACAGAGUCAUAUGGCUGUUGAUCCAAUGGAGCGCUUACGACUUCAAUGUUUAGCUCGUGGAUCAGCAGGAAUUAAAGGGUUUGGAAGACUUGAUAAUUAUCCAAUUAGAGCAUUUCGCAUUAUGGACGAUAGCCAUAAUUUGGAAUUGAAUUACGAUGAAUUCAGAACAGGUUUACAAGAUUACGGGGUUCAAAUGAGAGAAGAUCCUAAGAUGAACCCUAGAAGACUUAGACUUGUUGAGAUGGCAUUUAAUAAAAUGGAUAGGACGGGUGAUGGUGUAAUAACCAUUAAGGAUAUGAAAAGAGUUUAUCGUGCAACCGGUCAUCCCAAGUUCAAAAAUGGCGAAUGGUCUGAAGCAGAUGUCUUCAGGGCAUAUUUGGCAAAUUUCGAAGCUCCUGGUGACGUAGACUAUCGCUUAUACUGUGAUGUGAAUUUUGAGCGGAAGCAUUUAGAGAGAGGUAUUUCCAAACAAUUGUCGGAAUUAUCCUUACUCUUUUGUGAAGUUCAGACUAAGUUUCUUAGAGCUGAAGUCUAA